AUGAAAGGUGACGUUGAUUCAUGUUGUAAAGUACCUCCGGAUGUUAGAUUCAAAAUGAAAGAAAACUUGGACGUCUUUGUUGCAAAGAAGCAAAUCAUCCCUCCUAAUUCUAAAGGAAAGGGUACAGUUGUUGGGAAAAAUGAAAGAAAGGAAAGGGGAAUAAAACCCUUAAAGCAACAAAAUGGAAUUGGUUCUUACUUCAUGCCAAGAACAGGUCUUGGUAACCAACCUACUAUCAAAAGCGUUCUUCAGAGCAAAGAAGCCAUAGAAAAGUGUGAUCUUACUCUAUCGAAGUGGAUGAUUGAUUCAUGUAUUCCUUUCAAUGCUGUAAAUUCUGUGUAUUAUCAACAAAGUAUAGAUGCCAUAGCUAGCAUGGGCCCUGGCUAUAAAGGUCCAAACUUUCAUAGUCUUCGAGGUUAUUUGUUGGCUAAAAAUGUCAAGGAGGUACAGAAUUACGUUGAAAGCUAUCGUUCAACAUGGAAGACUACAGGUUGUACAAUUAUGGCAGACGGUUGGACAGAUCAAUGUAGAAGAACUCUCAUCAAUUUUUUAGUUUAUUGUCCAAAAGGAACAAUAUUCUUAAAAUCCGUAGAUGCUUCAAAUGAAUCAAAAUCUGCUAACAUGUUGUACAAAUUAUUUCGAGAUGUUGUGUUAUUUGUAGGUUCGGAAUAUGUGGUCCAUAUGGUGACAGACAACGCUGCAAAUUAUGCUGCCGCUGGUAGGUUAUUGGAACAAGAGUUUCAAACAUUAUUUUGGUCUCCAUGUGCAGCUCAUUGCAUUAAUCUAAUGUUUCAUGAUAUUGGUAAGCUUGAUGAAGUUAGUAAUAUCGUAUCUCAGGCAUCAAAAAUCACAAAAUACAUAUACAAUCAUUGCUACCCAUUGCAUUUGAUGAGAAAGUUUACUGGAGGAAAAGAAAUACUUCGACCUGCUCCUACUCGUUUUGCCACCAAUUUUAUUGCUUUACAAAGCAUUUUGAUCCAAAAGGAUCCAUUAAGAGCAAUGGUAACAUCUAGAGAGUGGACAUUAUCAGCAUAUGCAAAAGAAAGUAAAGGAAAAAGAUUCGUUGAUGAUGUACUUGAUCCAGUAUUUUGGAAAGAGUGUGCUACUAUUGUGCAACUUACUGAGCCCCUUGUUCGUGUUCUACGCAUUGUUGAUAGUGACGAAAAGCCUUCAAUGGGCUACUUGUAUGAAGCUAUUCAUGUGGCAAAAAGUGAGAUGGAACGCAGAUUUCAAAGAAGGAAAAAUAGAAUUGCUCCUUAUUUACAAAUUAUUCAGAACCGAUGGGAUAGUCAAUUGCGUAAGAAUCUUCAUGCUGCUGGACAUUGGUUAAAUCCUUCUUUUCAAUAUGAUAAUCUUGAUAUGGAAAAUCAUAAACAAACUAUUUCGGGACUUUUAGAUGUAAUUGAGAGAUACGCUUACGAUCAACCCGAUUUAAGAAGUAAAUUGACGGGUGAAAUGAGACUAUUUAGGCAAGCACAAGGUGAUUUUGGACGUUUAUCUGCUGUAGCUGAUCGCCAUAAAAUGGCUCCUGAUGAAUGGUGGAUGUGUUAUGGUAGUAGUGCACCAAACCUGCAAACGCUUGCAAUUCGAGUAUUAAGUCAAACAUGUAGUUCUUCAGGAUGCGAGAGAAAUUGGAGUAUGUUCGAACACAUUCAUUCAAAAAAGAGAAAUAGACUCGAGCAUCAACGGCUUAAUGAUCUUGUUUAUGUUCACUACAAUUUACGAUUGCAACAACGGAAUUAUUUCAAGAGUCGAAAUUAUGAUCCUAUCGACUUUGAAAAGUUUGGCAUCUAUGAUGAAUUGUAUUUUGAUGAUCUUGAUCUUGAUGAUUGUGAAAAUUUUGGCAACGGCAAUGAAAAUACAAGUGAUACAAACAAUGGAAAUGAGGAUUUUAGCAUGACCGAGACUUCGUCAUUUAUACAAGGCGAAGGAAUUGAAGAAUUUAUGUCCGAGACCUCAGCAUGA